AUUGUGCAACCCUCUGCCCUAUAAAUACAGACACUCCCGCCUCUGGAAGCCUCUGUCAGCUCGGCCUCCGAGGAGCCUCCUUGGCCAGGCAUCCGGGCCCAACCUGCCGGCCGCCAUGAAGGCUCUCUGCUUCCUGCUGCUGGCGUUGUGCCUCCUCUCCCGCCUGGCCCCAGGUGCUGCCUUUCUCACGGGUCUCGGCCAGCGGUCUGACCACUACAUAUGUGCCAGGAAAGGAGGAACCUGUAACUUUUCUCCAUGCCCACUUUUUACCAGGAUCGAUGGCACCUGCUAUGGUGGAAAGGCCAAGUGCUGCAUGCGCUGACUCUGGCCUGGGAGCGAUGGACAAAGCAUGCGGAAGUCAAGUGAAGUCUUUGUAACCGCUAUUUUAAUAAAAGAAGACUUUUUUUUUUUUUUUAAAGCAUCCCUCCUUCAGACCAAAAUGAAUCUUGUGUCUCCUUCUGGAAGACGUUGAGAAAGUAAGGGGGUUAGGAGAGCGGAGCUGGGCCAGGCCACGGAGCCUGCCCAGUACAAGAAUGGGAGAUGCUGACCACAGCAUUUUAUCACCAAACCAACAGGCGGGCAAUGAGACCCAGGACACGUGAGGAGGAAAUGCUGCAGAGGAAAGCUUCCCUGAUCCUAGAAGCAACUCAACGUCAUCCCAAAGUCAACGUCUUAGCAGCCUGGCCAGGGAAACGGCCCCUGUGCAGAGCCCGGAUGGCUGCCUUCUCUCCUCCCUGGGCCUGGGGCAGCGGGUUGGUUCACCUUAGCACUGGAGACCCUGUGUCAUGAGGACAAAGCUCCUCCCGUAACUUCCACUCUCGUGCCCAGACUCCCGCUCCACAACCACACCACCUGGCCGCACACUGCCACCAAGAGCAUCUUAUGGCCACAACGUCUCAUCUCACUCCCUUGGCCUGUAGACACCUGUUGGUGAGGGAGAUGGGUCGCUCUCCCUUUUUUCCAAUAAAUUUUUUACCACUCUUGACAA